UCAAUUUAUYUAGUUUUGAUAUCUAUCWUGUAUCAAUGAAUUACAUUUUCUGAGAUGGCACGCGAAUGAAGGUAUUAUGUCUUGUCAAGACAAUCAUAAUCUUCAUUGGCAUCAUAUAUGUUUUUCACUAUAUCUUCAUUGUGUCGUGUUAAAUUAAUCUAUAAAGUAUUUUGAACAUCAAUCUUUUAAUUUUUUUUUCCAGGAUAGUACUUCCCUUGAAUGAUGUCAGCUUUUAUAAAUAAUUAUAGAAGCAUCUUUGUGAGCUUAUGUCUAAUUUCUUCCGGUGUAUUCAUGCUCUACCUGUCCUCUGAAUAUAAAGUCCAUGAUAAAAUUUUAAGAAGAGCAUGUCCAUAUCUGGAAAAUUGUGUUUUACCACCCACGUACAGUGGCACCAAGAAAKACAUUUCCAGGAAAUUAGCUGUGAUUUACCAGGAACUUAAAUCAGCUGCUGGUCACAAGWUGCCACCAACACCAAAACUACUCCUUGAACUCAAAGGAAUAAUAGGUGAACUUGAUCCAGCAYACAGACUCAGUCAAGAUGAUAAAGAACCUGUUGAACCAAAGACCACAAAUGGYUCUGUAUUGYUAGAUGUUUGCCCUGAGAAAUACAUGGGGGAGAAAUUUGGUUAUCCAUUUUAUGAAAAAGGAUGGGUGAUGCAAAACUGUGCCAAUGUGAAACGGCUUGACAAGGUGGUCAGUAUUCUUGUGAACACAAUGCAAUAUCCUGAACCUAUGGAAAAACAAGUUGACACAGUCUUAAAAGGAAUCAAUCAAACCUAUCCAAUUCAAGAGUCAAAGUGUUUUUAGCAGCCAAAACUAGUCAAAUAAAAGAGACUGCAAAAAAAUACCCCAACAUCAAAACCAUUGCUGUCACUGAGGGAAGUUCAUCAGGAAAAGUGUGGAACCAGCUUAUCAAUGAAGUGUCAACUCCCUACACACUUGUUGCACGUGAUGUUGUUCAUUUUACUUGGGUUACACGUGUUGAACGACAAAUUCGCAUGAUAAGUACAACAGACCAUGUUGCAAUAGUCGGAGGAUCAUUCCGUAAUCUUACUGGACAUUGGCGAGUUGGAUGUCGACAAACUAAACUAUUUAACUAUGUAUUACAGUAUGAAGAAGGYUACCACUACUCAAGACAYUCAUGCAUGUUUUGUGAUGACUUGGAAGGGCCAUUUGUUGUCCGAACUGAUCUUCUGAAAAACCUCAAAUUCAGUGAAAAGUAUAGCAAAGAAAUCUUGUUUGAAGAAUUCUUUCUUCGGGUUUUUCGAACUGGAAACUUGAUAAUGAACUGCCCUGAUGCAAUGUAUUACACAACAGACUACUCUACAGAAACUAAACAAAACAGCAAAGCAAUAUGGCAGCCUCUUGCAACAGACUUGAAGUUGGUUCGAGUUGUGCUGGUUGAUUAUGGUGUGAGGCACAAGUUCUCGUGUGGAGAGAUUUCCUACAAGUGUAACGUUGGAGUAACAAAACACGUYGCCCUACCAAUGUGCUGUUUGGAGCAGUUUGGAAAAGCAAUGAAGUUUUUAAAUGACAUGAGUAUGGACAAUAAUAUACACUAUGAACUUGAUGCCGGCUCCAWCUUGGCAGCUGUCAAGUUCAACAACUACAGUCCUUUUGACCUUGAUGGAGAUAUAAUUGUGUUGGCAUACAACAUGUCCUUUUUGCAUAAAAAUGAAGGAUAUGUAUCACGACAUGGAUUUAAACUUGCUGGUUACGAACCUGUUACUUUUACUAGUGAUGGAAAACUUAAAAAGUUUGGCUACUUUCGUUAUUAUAGUCCUGAUAUUUAUACAGAAGUAUGGGGCUUCCCUGAUACGUCAGCUCAAAGAUUUGCCCCACCUGCAUUGAACAAAUUAUCACUCUACACAAAAUGCAGAGUUAAUGGCCAUUGGAUAAAUUGCGUUCAUUUUCCUGGUCUUUAUGCAAGGAACCGAUAUGGACCAGAUGUACUGAAACAUAGUCAAAGCUGGUUGCAAUAUGGUAACAUGAACAGUAGCUGGGAAAGAUAUAAGCCAGGCUCUUUCUUGCCAUGUAAUCAACCAUAUUUUCAUUCAUGUUUAGAUAAAUUUCCAACAGAUGGUAACAUGGGGUUCAAGGUUCUUUAAUUCAAUGCAGUUAAAUGACCAUGUAUUGUAUGUAUUAUAUCAAAAAAUCUAUCCCAGCCCCUAUAAUAGUCUCCUUCACGGUUAUCUGCGCCAUCUUAAAAGGUAGCCUUACCUUUAUAUCAAAGCUAAACAACCGCCGAGCGUGCAAUGAGUUUUUAAAAGGCAUAUAACCUGCAAGCUGCAAGCGAGCCCAUAAAGGUAGGAUGCAAAUAUGUUAUAUUGCUUAUCAACAUAAGCUAAAGCAUAUUUCGCAAAAAAACUUCAAGAUAAUAUAUCAUUUGUAAGAGAAAAUCGAGAUUAAAGUCGUAUGCAAAUCAGGACAAAUCUCUCGCUCAAAUAAAGAUGUGUUCUCACGGCAAUGAUUUUCCAUUGUUUUUAUGAAUUAUUAAUGGUUUGAUAAAGUACUUACAAUCUGAGUGACAAAUGUCCUUGACCAUUAAUAAACGUCCCUGGGUUCACCCAUUAACAAAGCUUAGCACCUCAAUCUGCAAGAAGAAUUAGAAUGAGUACUUUUGGUUACAAGUGAUUGUCCCGGGGGGAGGGGUGUACUCCCCUAUAUUCGCUAUACGGAACGUGAAGCCA